AUGCAUCAUGAGUUGCUGUAUCAACAGAUACAUCAUGAGUUGCUGUAUCAACAGAUGCAUCAUGAGUUGCUGUAUCAACAGACGCAUCAUGAGUUGCUGUAUCAACAGAUGCAUCAUGAGUUGCUGUAUCAACAGAUGCAUCAUGAGUUGCUGUAUCAACAGACGCAUCAUGAGUUGCUGUAUCAACAGAUACAUCAUGAGUUGCUGUAUCAACAGACGCAUCAUGAGUUGCUGUAUCAACAGAUGCAUCAUGAGUUGCUGUAUCAACAGACGCAUCAUGAGUUGCUGUAUCAACAGAUGCAUCAUGAGUUGCUGUAUCAACAGAUGCAUCAUGAGUUGCUGUAUCAACAGAUGCAUCAUGAGUUGUUGUAUCAACAGAUGCAUCAUGAGUUGCUGUAUCAACAGAUGCAUCAUGAGUUGCUGUAUCAACAGAUACAUCAUGAGUUGCUGUAUCAACAGAUGCAUCAUGAGUUGCUGUAUCAACAGAUGCAUCAUGAGUUGCUGUAUCAACAGAUGCAUCAUGAGUUGCUGUAUCAACAGAUGCAUCAUGAGUUGCUAGAUCAACAGAUGCAUCAUGAGUUGCUGUAUCAACAGAUGCAUCAUGAGUUGCUGUAUCAACAGACGCAUCAUGAGUUGCUGUAUCAACAGAUGCAUCAUGAGUUGCUGUAUCAACAGAUGCAUCAUGAGUUGCUGUAUCAACAGAUGCAUCAUGAGUUGCUGUAUCAACAGAUGCAUCAUGAGUUGUUGUAUCAACAGACCCAUCAUGAGUGA